AUGCCCGGGACUCGGCUGGUGGUGGCGGCGGUGCUGCUGUGGUGCGCGUGCGCGGCGCCCGCCGUCGCCUCCACGCGGACCAGGACUCCGCCGCGGCGCCGCAACGUGGCCGUGCUGGCGCACGACACUCGCCCCGGCUUCGACCUACGCCAGUUCCCGAAGGGCCACAGCUACCGGCUGCUCGACACCGGCUUCUCCGACUUCUUCGCCCUGGUGCCCGGCGGCAUACUCAUGACCACGGCGGACUUGCGCCCGCUGCUCGGCCGGAACGUCACGCUCGCCGUGCUGGAGGACGGAGCCGUGAACCGGACGCUGGAAGUGGCCGUGCUGGACCGGCGCGACAUGCUGCGCUUCGAGGAGCGCCGCGACCCGGCCACGGUGGCGGAGAACGCGCCCGCGGGCACGCACGUGGCGACGCUGGAGCCGGCGGCCGGCUGGCGCGGCGGCCCGCUUCUCUACCGGCUGCUCGUCGGCGACCCCGGCGGCGCCUUCCGCCUGGAGGCGGACAACGGCUCCAGCGCCGCGCUCGUCACCGCCUGGCCGCUGGACCGCGAGCAGCAGGCCGACUACGAGCUCACCGUCGAGGCGGAGGACGCCCUGGGGCUGGAGCGCGCCAUCACCACGCUGCGCGUGCGCGUGCUCGACGAGAACGACAACGGCCCCGUCUUCUCCAGCACGGAGUACCGCUUCCCCGUCGACGUGGGCUGGGUGCCGCCGCCGGGCCGCUUCCGCACCGUGGGCAAGGUCUCGGCCGCGGACGCCGACGGCGACCGCGUCGUCUUCUCCCUGGGCGCGCCCAGCCGGCUGGUCGUGAUCGUGCCGCAGACGGGCGAGCUGCUGCUGGCCGGCGACCCGCCGCAGGAGGACACCGACUACGAGAUCGUCGUCGAGGCGCACGACCUGCGCUCCCCCAGCCGCAGUGCGGUCGAGCCGGCGCGCGUCUUCCUCCAGUUCAACGUGCCGCCCCCGGUCCAGCAGGAUCGAGAGCUCCUGGCGAUAUCUGAGGAAGAACAACACAUCGACGACAUCGAGAAAGAGUUCGAACCCGGCCCCGACCCGGAAGAAGUGGCUGACCUCGUGCCGAGCGUGCACCGCAUCACCAAGCGCCGCGUGACGCGCGCCGUGCGGCCCACCAAGAGGAUAGAGUUCACAGAGGCAGACGGCGAGACCGAGGGCCGCGUCGUCUUCCAGCUGGAGAAGGAGACGGAGCGCGAGACCUUCAAGAUCCGCGACGAGAACCCCUGGGUCACCGUCGAGCCCAAUGGCGCCGUCCGCGUCAAGAAGAAGUGGGACUACGAGGAACUCGGCCCGGAGAAGACCAUAGACUUCUGGGUCACCAUCACCAACGCCGCAGCAGCCCAUGCCGCGCCCACGCUGCAGUCGCACGUGACCGCGAGCUCAACCGCCGACGACGCCGCGACUGAGGUGCCACACGACGAGACGCCCUUGAAAGACACAACGCCCGCAACCACCACCACCACCUCGGCCGCAGACCCCAGCCCAUUGACGAGAGUGGACUCACGGGCGCGGAAACAACGGUACCCGAAGCGUCAUAAGAAACGCCGCCUCUCGACAGAAGACGACCAACAGGGCGGAGACAGGGAGCUCACUGCCGACGCCGUCUCUGACGCGUCGUUGCUAAUGGAAUCUACCAGUACCACGCCAUGGACGUUUUAUGCUGAAAACCCACAGACUGUUCGCGAGUACGAAGGCAUACUGUGCAAUUUGCCUGACAUCAGAGUAGUGGACCAGGACGACGCCCUGCUGGCCCCCACAACCACUGACGACAACAGCGGCCGGUCGCUGUGA